AACUGUGGUUCAAUUAAUCAAAAAUUGAGUCAAUUAAAACAUUAGAAAAUUCUCGGAAAAGUCGAAUUUUCUCAGCAUUGUGGUUUCAAGGAAAAUCGCGUAGAAGGGAAAUUUCUAUCAGAUUCAUAAAUUGAAAAUUUUGAUUUAUUUUCCUAAUUAAAAAAAUUAAAUCAAUGACUCCACUCUCCCCUAUUCAUUGUUGUUUAUCUCUGGGAAGGUUUUCAAGUGUGUAAAGUGAAUCGCGUGGAAAAGUAUUUUAGUAAAUUUUCUCGUCUUUCGCUGGGGAAAUGUUUUGAUUUAUUGGGGAAUAUUGAGUGGUUAGGAAAAUCCCUGAGAGUCCUUGAAGAUGAGUAGACGGAUUGCAGUGAGUUUCCUCAUUGCCGGCUCAAUCCGGCACCUCUUGAUGAGCUCCGCCUUUGCACCCUACAUUCGUGAUCGCGUUGAAGUGUCCACGCCUCUAAAUGCCUGGAAGAGAGUUCUCGAAGGAGCUUUCUUGCACGAGAAUGGGAUUGAUCCGUAUGCUGGUGAUAUGUACCAUGAGAAUCCCCUGAUUCUAGUCACAACAAAUGUCCUGAUAAAGCACUUUCAGGCAUUCAUUCCGGCCCUUUUCAUUGUCAUUGAUCUCCUUGCGGCUGCUUUUGUCUAUGGGAUGACACAAAUUGUGGCGCGACAGCUCAUGGCGAAGCAGAAGGAGGAGCAGGCAACGUAUGCCAAGGGCACGGAAGAGCUUCAACUGAAGCCGGAGGAUUUGACGCAGAUCCCCCUGUACUGCACAAUUGCAUAUCUCUUCAAUCCCUACACAAUUCUCAAUUGUGUGGGGCAAACAACUACAGUUUGGAGCAACUUCCUCCUGGCGGCUUUCUUCUUCUUCACAGCACGUCGGGAGAUUGUUCCGGCUGUCAUUGCUCUGGUGCUGGAGACUCAAAGGAAUUUCUACCCAGUGGUGCUCAUUGUGCCUCUGGCUAUCAAUGUCUAUCGCACAGAAGGUGGUGGUUGUGGGAGAUGCAGAGCAAUCCGGGCGGUGUUGCUGUUCGCUUCUGCCCUGGGUUUUGCCACAUAUUCCGGGUACCUCAUAACGGGUAAAUGGACCUUCCUGGACGCCACGUAUGGGUUCAUUCUCAAUCACAGAGAUCUUCAGCCGAAUAUUGGACUCUUCUGGUACUUCUUCACAGAAAUGUUUGAUCACUUCCGGGAUCUCUUCCUGUGGACAUUCCAGAUUAAUGCCACAGUCCUCUAUCUCAUCCCAUUGGCCCUGAAGCUGCGUCAUGAACCCCUAAUGCUGGCCACCGUGCUCACGGGACUCGCAGCAAUCUUCCGCUCAUACCCCUGUGUUGGGGAUGUUGCCUUCUACAUGGCCCUCCUGCCAAUGUGGAAGUUCGGGCAGAAGUUCAUGUCGCACAACUUUGUCGUGGGAUGCUUCUUCCUCAUCACAUCCGUUCUUGGGCCCGUUGUGUGGCAUCUGUGGAUCUACUCAGCAUCGGCCAAUGCGAAUUUCUACUUUGGUGUCACACUGGCAUUUGCAACAGCUCAGAUAUUUCUCGUCACGGAUCUCCUCUUUGCCUUCAUAAAGCGUGAAUUCUGUCUGCGGAAUGGCAUAACAUUCCGGAAGAAUGGCAAGGAAGCCCGAAUGACGCUUGAAUGACAUGAAAUUGCAAUUUUAUCCAAAUAAAUAAAAUCUCUAAAAUACAAA